CGAAUGCAAGAGUACAUGAAACGUGCUGAAGAUUUGAAGGAUCACAUCAAAAAGACCUCAAACAACUCAAAAGGAGGCAAACGUCCAGUUAAAGAAGACGAUAAAGAUUCUAGCGGUGAUGAAGAAGAUGGAAAUAAAAAAUUUCAAAAGGCUAUAAAUAAAGCUAUUGUAGUCGAAAAACCAAAUGUUAAAUGGGAGGAUAUUGCUGGGUUAGAUGGUGCUAAAGAAGCGUUGAAGGAAGCUGUUAUAUUGCCAAUAAAGUUUCCACAUUUGUUUAAAGGUUUGAUGUUUUUAUUUUAA